AUGCGCCUCGCCCACCUCCACAUCCCCCACUUAACGCCCUUCACCCACACCUCCCGUCUCCAACAAACUCUCGUCUCCCGCCUCCUGACCCACAAAAAGCUCUACGACUCUCCAUCCUCUCCACCUUCCACUCCCGCUCCCGCUCCUCCUGACCCCACAAUCCUAACCUUCACCCCACAUCCCGUCUACACUACCGGCCGCCGCGACCUCCCCCGAACCAACACAACCAAUUCCAACAAUCUCGAUCCUAACCUCCUCCCCACGCCACUCCAACCAAUCCGCCACCUCCUCACCCGCACCUCCCCCUCCCAGCUCCCUCUGGCUGAAUUCCACGCAACGCUCCGCGGCGGCCAAACCACCUACCACGGCCCCGGUCAGCUGGUCGCAUAUACAAUUCUCGACCUGCGACGACUACGACUGGGUCCACGACAGCACAUCCGCUUGCUGGAGAGAAGUGUAUUAGAUGUCUUGAGCGAUUAUGGGGUUGAAGGCGGCGUAUUGAGUGAACAGGAUCCCGGUGUCUGGGUGGACCAACAAUCACAGCUACAAGAUGGCCGGAGAGGCGGCAGUGACCAAUUGGCUAAGAAAAUUGCGGCGGUAGGCGUGCAUCUGCGUCGGUAUGUGAGCAGUUACGGUGUCGGGCUGAAUGUUACGGAGGAACCGAUGUGGUUCUUUCGUCAUAUUGUUGCGUGUGGGUUGGAGGGGAGGGAGCCGACGAGCCUUGUUGGGUGCGGGGUUAGAUUUGCUGAUGCUAGGGAUGGCGAUGAUAUUAUGAGAGAAGUGGCGGAGAGGUUUGUGGCUGCUUUUGUGAGGAGGGUAAAUCAGGUUGGAACUCCGGGGGCGGUUGAUGGUUGUUGUAAGACGGGCGGCGGGGUGGGGAUUGACGAGGUGUAUAGGAUAGAGGAGGGCGAUCUACUUGGGGAUGGCCGGGAAUGA